AUGCUCAACAAGCUGCCACCCCCAUAUGUGGACUUCCAGGUGCGCGCCCAGUUGGAGCGCUUGGGAGCCCUACAGCCGAUGACCAUCUUCCUGCGACAAGAAGUACAGCGUAUGAACAAAGUUAUCAAGUUAGUCUUGGCCACGUUAACUGAUCUGCGUCUGGCUAUCGACGGCACGGUCGUCAUGAAUGAAAACUUGCGAAUGGCCCUGGACUGCAUUUUCGAUGCUCGCGUGCCUGGCUUUUGGGAGAGGAUUUCCUGGGAGUCGUCAACGCUUGGUUUCUGGUACACUGAACUGUUGGAACGCAAUGCCCAGUUCUCCGGUUGGCUGGAGAAGGGUCGUCCACCGAGCUUCUGGAUGACCGGUUUCUUCAACCCACAGGGCUUCCUGACUGCUAUGCGCCAGGAGAUUAGCCGUCAGCAUGAGGGCUGGUCUCUGGACACUGUGAUUCUGGCCAGUAAGGUGACGCGCUGCAAUGUGGAGGAGCUGAAUGAGCCGCCGGCUGAGGGCGGCGUCUACAUCUACGGGCUCUACAUUGAGGGCGCUGCCUGGGAACGUCGCUCCUCCCGGCUGAUUGAGGCCAAACCGAAGAUCCUUUACGAGGCGAUGCCCGUGAUUCACGUGUUUGCCGUGCAGGAGUCCUCCAGCUCGAAGAAGAUUGCCGAGUCCAGGAUGCCCUACUCUUGCCCCAUCUACCGAAAACCACGACGUACGGACUUGAAGUACGUUGCAAGUAUCGAUCUGAACUGCACGAAGACGCCGGAUCACUGGUGCAAACGCAGUGUGGCUCUCCUCUGCGACAUCAAGUAG